AUGCCAUACAAGAAACCACUGGAGAUGAUGAAUGCAUUCCAGCAGACCAUUGCCCAGCACAAAGCACUUAAUUCAAGCAUGUGUCAAAGUCAGGAGAAUGAUAUGGAUGUUAUGUCUUUGGCAAUUAUGUCUUCUAAAUGCCUUUGUGAAGAGUCAACAGAUCUCCCCAACAAUUCCAUUGUAAAUCCUCUUGCACCUCCUCCCACUCAGCAGAAAAAGGGUGGGGGCCACAGUGCUGGCCAGAAUGCAAAACUGAAGUCCAAUGUUGCCCCACCACCCUAUGUGCCUCCCAUUGUGAAUGGUCCUAGCCCAGCUGAUAUGCCUCCAAAUCCCAUCCCUCAGUCUUCAACAGCAGUAGCAACACCUGUCUUCCAUCAGCACCCCACAGACUCCCAUCACUUUGGUUUCAGUGUUCCAGCUCAACAGCCAGGUCAUAUCAUGCCUCCCAGGAUGGAACCUGACCUUCAAGUGCUCAAUAAUCCUUAUAUUGCUGCAAUUCAGGGAGACCAAGUUCCCAGUAAUACAUCUCAUCCACCAACACCCCAGCCCAACUACCAGUCUUGGUUUAUCCCCCACCAGCCACCUGCUACUAGUUUGGAGAAGCUGUCAUCAGAGGGCUCCUCAGAAGAGGAGUUGGAGGAUGAUGCAGCUCUCCAUCCCAUUCCUGAUCAUGAUCUUCUGACCCUUGCACAUGACUCAGUCAAUGAAGUAUCUCAGUGUGCCAGAGCCCCUCAUAACUCCAAGAAAGCUAAGGAUGAGGGCCCAUUGCCUUCACAACUGAGAUUUUACAAGGCAGUAUGGAAGGACUGUCUUGAAGAUGCUAAGCAAGAAUGCAGGGCUGCACAUGCACUUUCUAACCCAUUCCCAUCAAAAUCUCAUGACCUCAACCUCUCCAUAACAGAGGUGCUUGUCACUGUCAUUGUUGAGUGGAAUCAACAUGGUGUGCAAUUUGAAGAUGAAUUGAAGUUGGUUAUGCUGGCAACCACACCAUCCACAUUCAACCUUAUCCCUCCUUCUGAUGUUGCACCACAGGUUUGUGUACAAUGGAUAGAGACUGCUGCCACAAAGCUCCUUGACAACUCACUUUUCCUGCAAGAUGGUUUCAAUGAGAAUGAAGCUGUCAUACAAUUCUACUAUACUGGGACCUAUCGAAUCAUGGAUAAGCAUCCUGAGUCCUUCAACAAUUCAGUUCCCCUCUCCUGUCUGGCUCUUGUUGCAGCCAUGUAUCAUUGUGUGUUGGACAGAUUUGUGAAGAACAGCACAGGAAAGACAAUGCCUCAAUUCUCCAGCAAGGCUUACAAUUCCAUUUUCCAUGGCAUGAUGAAGGUGCUGAAUGACAUCCUUCAUAAUCCCUAUCACAGCAUGAGGUUGCACAAUCAGCUUUCUCAGUGGGCAAAGGAAGGAUGGGCUGCACUGCAAGAGGUUGAUUCAAAUGUAGAGAGGUACCAGCACAUUCAGGCAGUCCUUGAUUGA